CAUACCCUCCGCGUUCUUGAUGCUCAUCACGGCAAUGUACGACAUCACUAAGCCCAUAUUCAUGAUGGAUCUAAAUGACAUUGAUUACAUCGACCUAUCCGUCAGCGUCUUCUACUUUCUGCAGUGUAUCUUGCCCCUGCUGAUAUUGACAACUACAGUCGCGUCGCUGACCAAAGAGAGUAGAAAAAUGGCUAGAACAGUAGAUGACUGUUUGGAGAUCAUUCAGGAUGAAAAAAUCAAGGAAACGCUCAGUCAAUUCUUCAAUUGCUUAUUGCAUACAAAUGUCAAAUUUACCGUAUUUGAUUGGUUCGCUUUGGAUGGUACAUUGUUGAUGUCGAUGACUGGUUCUAUUACUACUUAUUUGGUGAUAAUAUUUGAAUUCCAAAUGCAAGGCUAUUCAUCUUGCAACUGAUAUAUCGCACUAAUUGUUCUUAUAUAAACAAAUUUGAAAAGUUGUUGACAUUAAAUAUUUGUAAUCGUAAUUUUGAUUGCAGUGAAGCUUACUUGAAAUCCAGAUAUCAAGGAGAAAAGUAAUUUUGAUCCAUCACAGGAUAAAUAAAAAUCUAAUUCAAUUAAUUAUUCUUUUCAGUUAUAUCAAUUUUUUGAAGAUUUAAUAUGCAUGAAUUUUAAAUUCAGGAGUUUCGGUUAGAUUUCUCUGGAUGAUUGCCUGAUGUAAAUUACGCCGGCAAAUACAUUUAACAUAGUACAUAUUUUAUUUCUUGUUAAUAUUCUUUAAUUUCAUUUGUUGAAGAUAAUUGCAGUUUCAAUCACAACCAUUAUUUUUAAUUUAAAUACAACAUAGUGAAUUCGGCUCGUUACUGAACUAAAACAUACUUUUGCGUGUGAUAUUGCAAUUGUAAAUGUUUAUUCAUCAUAAAUAUAACUACUGUAUAAGAAUUCUGAAAAUUGUAUAUUUGAGGAUUGAUAUAAACACUCGUGCAAAUAAGUAUACCAAUA